AUGGGUAAAGCCUGCUACAUUACACUGCCGCAGACCCGCCAAGAACAGCAAAUAGUGAGGUAUGUAUAUGUGUCUUACACAAGGUCCUGUUCCUGGCUGGGCUAUUCAGACCAGCAGUUAAAACAGUUUCUACCACUUCAUAUAAAUUUUGCAGAAAAAAAGUCAGUAGAAUCCUUCACUCUAUUUGAUUCUUAUUUUCCUUAUCCCCAGAUGUUGAAUGCAAAGCAAAAAUGGAAAGUAAAGGAAGCAAUAGAGUGGGUCACUAAACCAGCUGAGUUUGCCAGCAGCUCUUGGAAUAUGUUAAUUUGGGAGACUUCAGGUCUUAACUUUUCAUUUUUUCCCUUACACUGCCACAACAGAGUGAUAUUUAAACAGCUUCUACAAGCCAAGGCCUUGAGUUAUCUCCAAACUGACAGCUGCAGUCUGGGAAGAGUGAAUGAAAACUUGUCUGCGCUGCUGAUGGCCAAACAGUUCCAGAGUAAGGCUCUUCAAAAUGCAGCAGCAAUGAGAAAAUUUUCCUCUCCCCACCCUUCAAGCCACUCUGAUUAGUUUCUUCAGCUAUCAUGCCUGUGAUUUCUGAGCAUAAGCUUGCAUGCACUGCUGUAAAAUUCUUUGUUUCAUGUCAUGCUGUGGGGCUGACCAAAAGGCUUUGGAUGCCUUGGUGUGGCACUGUCAUCUCUAGUAUGGACAUACCUAAGUAUCUAAAAGGCUUGAAAACAGGUUAGUUAUAAAAAAAAUGCAGUAGCAACUGGUUACAGUGACUGUUCUUUGUUUUCUGAAAAAAUAUGUUGCUACGUGAUGGUCACAGCAUAAAUUUGUGUUGCUACUCCACAAGCCCACCUUCCUGUGGUCUACAAAGGGAAGGCAGAGGCGCAGGUUAGACUUCAAGCAGGUGAAAGUGAACCAUUUGCGGUUUUGAUAAAGGCACUUGAAACUUGGGCUGCAUUCCAUAUUCAGACACCAGUCACUAUGGUGGCAAACUCACCAAGCCAGGCUCAUUAUUAGACUGUUGAUUUUGAUGGUUGAUCAGACAGAUGUUUGUCUCAAAAUUCAGAAGCUGUUCUUUCUUUUCUGACCUUUCAUCUGUCAUAAUCAGAAAACUAAUAUUCUUUGUGGUAUCACAGUAAGCCAAUUUUGCAACGUAUCAAAACAUGUAAGAAAUAAUAUGGGUAAAGAAAGCUUGUCUAAGGCAGUCGAAAGUAGAAGUUGGUAUUUGACCAAAGUGGUAAGAAAUUUCAUUGCUACCUCCAAGUUAUUGAAUUGCCCUUGGAAAGCAGAGAAAUGAUACAAAGAUGCAUCUGGAGGAAAAAUUACAGAAGAGGGGAAACUCUUCAAGUCCAAAUGGUGAGGCAGAAUGAAUGUAGCAGUCAACAGGGCAAAUGGCAAAGACUCAGAAAUACUACGGAUAUGCAGAGCUGGUAAGGAACUGACUUCUAAUUCCACCUGUAGAGCUCUAAGUCAUCAGCAGGGGAGAGUGAGGAACUGGAAGCUUCUGGGGCAGCUUAUUCGUCAGGAAAUAAGUCCAAGAACAACCCCUUCUCUCAGUAGGCCUACGGGUCCCUUUCACAGCUUCCCAAAAUGAUCUAGCAAUGUCCCAUGUUUUGUCUAAAAUACUGCUCUGAAUAUGGCCUGCAGUCAUACUAGUCAUCUUUGCAGCAGUGAAGAGUGUUCACAUUCUGCAAAUCAAAAUUCCUCGAGUACCUCCUGUUUAAGCCUAUAUAUUCAAAUUCUUUGAAUAUUCAUUUUUUUGCAUGAAAUCUCAUAGAAGUCUCAUACCUAUGAAUUUUAAAAUGUAUUAUCACUUUUAUUCACAUUAAAGUGUGCUGU